AUGGCCCUUCCUACGCUGUGGAGGUCGACUGCAAAGUCUACACGUAUUAGUCUUGCUGCGCUUAUAGUCACUUCGUCGGUGGUGCUUGUGCUUAAGGUGCACAAUUUGAAUAAAUUGGAGGAACCCACCAAGCUACAUGAUAUCACUAUCCCAUAUAUCCAGUUGAUUCCUAGACACGCCAUUACACAUCCAUGGGUUUUCGUGACGUCUAUUUUCGCUGAAAUCACCAUCUUGUCAUACUUGGUUUCGGCCACGGUGCUUUUCUUUGCUACAAACUAUAUUGAAAAGUUCUGGGGGUAUAAGGAGGUACUCAAGUUUAUUGUGCUUGUGGGAUCGCUUACAAACUUGACAACCGUCAUGGUGGCCAUUGUGAGCAAUAUCUUCCGUAAUGACGUGAGAGGCAUGGAUCAACCUUUGGGUGGCGGGAUCUCUUACUUCUUUGGGUUCCUUGUGGUGCUCAAACAGAUCAUUCCAGAACACAAUGUGGUUUUGUUCCAAGGUCUUAUCAACUUCCGUGUGAAACACAUCCCAUUCAUACUUCUAGUCAUUGUGUCGUUAUGGUCGUUGGUCAUCUCAAGGUCGUUGUAUCCUGCUGUGCCCUCUGUGGUGUCUUUCUUUGUCAGCUACAACUACUUGAGAUUCUACCAGACGUUCGCUACCGACCCGCUUUUGCCUGUUACUUCCGUAAGUGGAGACCAGAGCAAUGCUACCAUCACCAGCGGAGACGCGUCGGACGCUUUUCUGCUUGUUGAGUUCUUCCCCAGCGCCAUUAAAGGUCCUACGUCGGUUGUGGUUAACCUGGUCUACGAUGUUAGCGUUCUCUUGGGAAUUGUCACGCCUUUCAACGACGAGGCUGUUGAGCAGAGUAACUUGCGUGCCCAGAAGAUCUCUGAACAAGUGAGCAAGGCCAACAGGCUGAUAGCGAACUCUGUUGCAGAGAGAAGAAGACAAGUUGCACUUCAGGUAAUUGAAGAUAGAGUCGGACAAUCGUAA